AUGCUUAGACCGCAUAGAGCAGCUAGACUAAAAACCGAAAAUGAUGAUGACUCAUCACAGGAUGAGAACUUCCCGACAACCGAGGAGGAAGAGCGAUUCGAGCGCGAACGUAACGUAGAACGUGAAUUGGAAUCGGAUAGAGAAAAUAAUAACCAUAAUAGUGUCGAAGAACGUGACGUAAUGCACAUAAGGCUUAACUCGAAAGAUGAAGUCACAGUGUCAUUACCCAAUACAGAAUCAGUGACGGAUAGUUUAAGCGAUAGAGAAAGCGAAUGCGAGGGGGAAGAUCCGGAAAGCGAUUCAAAAAGCGAAUCCCACGAUAAUAUUAAUAGCGAUAGAAAGGUAGAAUCAAAAGAUGAACCGAGUGACGACAAAAGUACGAUUAGUGACAUGCCGAGUAGAGAUUACGACAAACAAACAGAUAAUAAUUGCGAAAAUAACUACGAUGACGAUUAUAUAGAUGAUUACGAUAACAACACAAACUUAAUAUACUAUCAAUGUGAUAACCGUGAAAAUUAUACCAAAUACAAUAAAAAAUAUAACAAACGCGAAACUUCUAAUAACAACAAUGAUUUGACUCAAACUUCGAGCGACAGUGAAAAUAGCGCUAAAAAAUACGUAAAUUCAUUCACGAACAACAAAAAUCAAAACUACAAUAAUAAUAAACAAUUAAUAUCGUUCGACGAUGACAAGUAUGACGAAUACGAGUCAAAUAAGAGUUUAGUAAUCUACGGUAAUAAUAAACAUACCGCGAAUAGACAGAUAGAAAGAUUAUACGACAAUCACAAUCAAGCAAUACCAUGGAAAAGAAUAAAAUUAACGGAGAACGAAAUUGAAGAUACGUGUCAAUUCGGUAACGUAACGCGUGGCGUAAAGCUACCAAACGUAAUCUUGCAGACGGAGGAACUCAUUAUACGUUCGAAAGAUCCGCGAGAAUCAACAUGA